ACAUGCUCGUAUCAUAUGACCCCUCCUCCCUCUCAGGUGCAAGCGGCCACAGAGGCCUUCAUAGAGAGGAUACAGCAUAGACCCACUCAAUUGCAGACUCCCUCCAUUGACUUCUCUAAACCACGACUCGUGAAGCUGACUGUCUCGGAUGUGGGCGUGUGCAUGCCUCUCACUCCUACGUCUAGUACCCCCCACUCCACCAAGUCCCAAUCAUUUCCCGCUCUAGUCAUCACGAUUAAAGAGAUGCAGUUCCAACUUAACCUCAGUCACAAGAUAGCCAGCACCGGAAAUUUCGAAACAUUUUGCAUCCGUUUUGCCGAUCAGUUUUAUCUCCGUCACAAGACUUGGACUUUGGACCCUCGCAAACACAAGUUUGCCAACUGUGGGUCCAUCAAUCGCGGGACCUUCCGACUGUGCAUUGCUAAUCAGAAGAGAGUGUCAGAGACGGACCCUCAAGUGUCUGUGGGGGAGAAGUUGCUGUGGGCCUUCCAAUGGGGCAUGUCUGGUAUCGAUGUCAACGCUAACACUGACAUUGGUCGUCACACCUCCGCCAUUGUGCGAACCAUCACCAUGAUAGGAACUGACCGCGAUGGAUCCAAGAUCUCCAAGACCCAAUCUUCCACUGGAAUCUCGUCCAGCCAUCGGGUUCUACGAAGACCGGUAUCAGUCGCUGGACUACCUCACCAUCGUCGCUCCAAGUCUGUGGUUCAUCGCCAUGAAGACAAUUACAUAGUAACAUUGGAGGAGGAGUUGGCGAAGCAAACACGCAAACUACAGAAUCUCAAGACACAGGGAGUAUCACUGGAAAUGCUUCAGUCGGAGAAAGAAGCUCUUAAACUUCUACAAGACGAUCUUGCUAGAGCAAUGAGACGAACUUUUCGUCCAGCCAAUAGAAGCAUGUCUCGUUGGUUCACGCCCCGCCCCCAGGAAACAGGGGAAGUCCCCAGUGGAGGGUCCGUGGGACGUAGGAUAUCACAGGUUGUCAGAAAACAACUCUUCAGCCACCAAGAGUCCUCUGACCUCCGCGACACCACCCCCUCACCCACUCAUAUGAGAAGACGAAUAAAAUCCAUGCCAGGUCACAAACGAUUCAAAUCCGAUGUCACUGGGUUGAAAUAUAUUGGCUCUUCGCCAACCCCCCAUGAUGACGAUACCUUUGACCUCUCUGAUACGGAGGAAGUGGGUGUGGUCAACAAAGAAGAUGAGGGGUUCACUCUGCCCACUAUUGAUGUAGAGGUUGACGUGACGAUCAAGGUAGACUAUGGUGCUGUGAGACUACGAACAGAGGAAAGCCAAUCGAUGGAGCGUAAGAUGUCCCUACCCACCAUCUCUGGCAUGCACAGUCCCUACACUCCGCACACCCGACUGCGUGGCAAUCCCUCAGAGAGCUAUAAUAACCCAUCGAUUGUGGAAUCAGUCAUCUUGAUCCCAGCACUCACCGUCAAAGCUCAUUACCAGUCCAUUGUCGGAAGGUCCUAUUCCAAUGCUCCCAUUCCAAAAUCUCCAUCACACUCUCCACCCGCCAACCUCUUAUCUGAUCAUCUUCUACCCGUCAAAAAGGGGGUGCUCUCAAUAUCAGCCGUCAUAGCCUCCCUCCGGGAGCCAAUCAGAUUGUCUCCCAGCCUGUUAGAGUUUAUUGAACAAGUGGCUCGUCCAACGAUUGCUGCCACCAUUAUUUCCGGCUCCUCUGCCAGUAGCACUGAGAGUGAAGACGAAUCUGACCCCACCCCCUCUAGCGAUAACUGGCCCCUCUCGUUCCCGGUGGACGUCACUCUAGCGUUCCAAAUACAACCGUCCACGAUGCACCUGACCUGCCAACCACAGUCUCUGGUGGAGUGUGUCAUUCAGAGCCCAGACGUCAAUUUUGUAAUUUCUUUCUCUCUCUUCACUCCUCAACACCAUGAGAGUGAUAAGACCACCACCUCUCCUGUGGGGUCAGGGUCCGGUAUGCGGGGACAGUCACACAAGAUCCUCAUGUUCAACAACCUGUAUAUAACCGGAUGUCUCACGACCUUUGCACUGCAGCUGUUUGCUCCGCCAAUGUCUGGUCAUAAGAGUAAGCUGGGUCUUGAGAAGAAGGAAGCACUGAGCCUCACUCUUGGUCAGGCUCUCAUCCACUUCAGUCGGAGGAGUGUUCUCUCUCCCCACCUGAGUAACACUGCUCGGAGUGUCGAUGAUUACAUGCCCAGCAGUAAACUACAGGUGUCUGUUGUCAUGGACAUAGCAAGUGUAGUGGGAGGUUAUGACAUGAGGAGACUUAAUGACAUCACAGCUUUCAGACGCUACUGGUAUCGCACUUCUCUAGUAGAGUCUCUCUUUAUCGGCACUAAGAAGAAGUCUCACGAAGAAGUGGGUGGGGCUAGCAUCGAGAUCCCAUCCACUCCAGGUGGAGAGGCGAAGGAACCUAGUGCCGUGGUGGACCUCAAUGAUACUCUGUCAGCUGUGAUUGUGGUAGCUGCUAACGUGGAUGAUCUGAGAGUGUCCACCAACGUGGCCCAGGUCAUGGGCAAUACAGAUCUCCUAGUGACCCAGUUCCGCUGUGAAGCCCACUGUGACGUACAGCACAACGAGUUGGUCCUACUCGAGAUGGAUGGGAAACUAGAAAAAGGGGAACUCGAUGCAAGGGGCGGAGUCAUUGCCGGCAAUAUCCUCAUGAUCGGGGCUCAGGCUCAUGUGACCACCCAGAGUGUGUCUGGCAGUGUCCCCGUGCACAAGGGCUCUGCCUCCCUUGAGCUUGUAGAGGGGCGUGUCGACUACAUGAGCUCCUGUAGUCUCCUGGCACGCACCAACGGACUCAACCUCGAGCUCUCCGACUCGUGGGAGGGGCUACAUUUGGACCCAACGGGAAAAUCCUCUGAAUUUGCAAGUGUGCAGAUCCUGGCUCACUUCUCGUGGGACAAACUACAGCUGUCAAUUCAUCGCUCAACCACGAAGAGUCUGUUCAAUAUGGUGCAGAAAAUGUAUGAGUUUGUGAUGCAACAGAAACGACGCAGUGAGCGUACCAUUAGCCUGAUGUUGCCGGCAGGGUCAGCUGCCUCGAAAGCUCUGCACGCCUAUAGGGAAGAGCAGAAGAGAAUGGCUAAAGAGGAGGAGGCUAGAGAUAAAGGCUACAUGAGACACCACUGGCUGUGGGCAAUGCGUGUGGGGAGUGUGGAGCUAAUGAAGACCAUGGGAUUACACACACCAGCCGGAGGUCUCCAUACCGUCUCCCUCGGAGCAAAGAUAUCCGUCUCUGGUGACAACUUUUGCCUCGUCUGUUUCCACGGCCCUUCCUUCAGAGAGACUGAAUGGGCAGUAUUCAAUAUUGACACCAUUAGUGCAAGCUUCUCCACACAGGCUAUCCCCGGACUGAGUAAAGGACAGCUGGCAGAACUGACAGAGUCAGGGUCGGGCAUUCUACCCACCAAACAAGUUAGAACAUGUCAACAAAUUGUCCACCUCUCGCUAGGCCACACCCCCUGGGACGAAACCGAGAAAUUGGACGAAUUGGCGGCUAUAUAUCGAGUAUCGGCUGGUCACACACGCCCACCCUCCAUUGUGGGUACUUCAACACAAAAUUGGCUCAACUACGCCUGCAUUGACGCUCAGCUACACCCUGACAGCUAUAGCGGGGACACUUCAACCUUGAUUCGACUUAGCAAGAAACUCAACGUUCAAUCCAUACUGCUUGUGCCUGCCUUUGAGAUGGAGUUAGUGACUGACCAUUUCUGGCCACAAAGAACUCGUCUGUCGGCCAAAGAGCCACAAUUCUCACCACUUGUCGAGUGUAGUCUUACAUCAAAAUUUGCGAGGGGUGUGUCCGUUGCCACGAAUGUAGAUCAUUAUCUGUUCCUACACGACCUAGUGAAGGCGUACCUCGAGUAUCUGGAGAAACACAAGACACCUCAAACCCUGGACACAGAUCCUGAAUCCACAGACACCGCCCCCACAUCACCUCCGAAGUCGACACCAGUGCUCCGCAACUUUGAGUGUGUGUGCUGGGAGUUGGACCCUCAUCUCUGUCUCCUAUCCAGUGCUGGUACAGGACAAUUCAACCCUCACAUCAGUUGGUUACUAGAAAGGCUGGGGUUCAAGCACGCACAAACCACCAUCCCCAAGUGGAUACAGCGAGUUGCCAUGGACCCUCUAGACAUGGUGGUUGCUAACGCUAUGGAACUGUUAAUUAAAAUCACUGCUACUAAGAAACUUCAGCAAAAAUCCAGAGCCUCAUCUCCACCAUCCCAUUAGUUGAACCAAUUUCAAACAUUUUUUAUCAUUAAAACACAAUUUUUGCACAUAAUAAUUAUAAUUGUUCAUGUCA